ACAUUCAUGGUUCGAACAAAUCAAAGAAGCUAUUGAACAUGAAGCAAAGAGUUUUCAUUCUUUGAAAGCCGAAGGAAAUGUUAUGAAAGCUUUUGAUGAUUUGGAUGAUAGAGUUAUUGAGAAAUUAAAGGACACUACUCUUUAUCCCGAACUUGAAUGGGACGCAACUGUGAGAAAUAAUAAUGAUUUAAGUGAAGAAGAAAUAAAAUUUAUUCAUGAUAGAAAACUUUUUAUCCGUGAAGCAUUCGCAAAAUAUGUGGGAGUCGAUGUUAGUGAAAUUCAUGUUGAUGAUAUUCCAGUAAUUGCAUUUAUCGGAAGCGGUGGAGGAUACAGGGCCAUGAUUUCUUUUACUGCUUUUCUCAGGGCCAUCCAAGAAUCUGGACUUUAUGAUUGUGGUGUAUAUCUUGCAGGUCUCAGUGGUAGUUGCUGGAAUAUGAGUCAACUAUAUUCAACAAUUGGUCAAUCACACGAGAAUCCAAUUCAAGCAUUGUUAGAAUUUUAUAGAACCGGACUUGAACAUAGUUUUAUUGAUGCAUAUGGCGUCUUAAAAGGAUUUGCUGAAACUUCUGAUCCACAGACAGCUGUUGAAUUAACAUUUGGAUCAUUAAUCCGGAAAAAAGCAACCGGGAUGAAAUUAUCAAUUUUAGAUGUUUUCAGUGCAUUGUUAGCCGCAAAACUUAUGAUCGGUGAAGAUCCCACAAAACAGUUUGGUGAUUUUAAAUUGAGUGAACAAAGGAAAUAUAUUGAUGGUGGAAAGAAUUUAAUGCCUCUUUAUGUUUCAACUUUUCAUGUUCGUCCAUGGAAGGAAGAUGCUCUUAAACCAGAAGAAGCGGCAUUAUUUCCAAAUUACGAAGAAAUGUUUGAAAAGCAUAAAAUGAAGAAAGAUCAUUAUAGGUGGUACGAAUUUAAUCCUUAUGAAAUUGGAAAUGAAGAAAAUCCGGCAUGGAUUCCUUCUUGGGCAUUUGGUAGAAAAUUUGAAUUUGGAAAAAAUAUUGAACGAUUUCCUGAACAAAAAGAAAUUCGGGGGAUCGAAAAAUUGCUUCCCAAUGGAAAAUUUAAAGAUGAACUUAUAAACCUUUAUGAUGAAGCCAUGGAAAAAAUUGGAACUCAAAACCAACAA